UAAACUGAAGUAUGCAGCUGUUCUUGUGUGUGUUUCAGUGUGGAGCUCUACUGUGCCGCUCUCUCCCUAACAUCUCAGCUGGUGCUGCACCUGGCCGAGUCAACGCCACAGCAGGAUGUCAGUGAGGCUGCAGUGGUCUGUCUGAGCAGAUGGGGGGCGCUGGUCAUGCAGGGCUGCGCUGAGGAUCAACCGGCAGAAGUCAAACUCGUGUCAGCAGAGGUGCUGGUGAAGGCCGUCCACUCCUUACUUACGGCUCCAGCCCUGCCCCUGGGUAUCACACACACUGUGGCACUAUGGAAGAGCCUGUUUACAUUAUUACAGGAUGAAGAUCAGGACGUCAGAGACGGAGCAGCUGACUUCACCUGCUACAUACCAGCCCAUUUACACAACACAGGUGUUUCCACGGGUGCCGUCUCUCCUCCGGUUGCCCUGGAGAUGGGGGUGGGUCUUUUGUGCCAGCUGUUCCAGAUGUGGGGCCAGGUGGCUGCUGGAAUGGUGAACCUGAUACAGUGGCUCCUGGGAGAUGAACAAUCGGAUACAAGGUGUGAAGAGUCACUGGACUUGGAUGAGGAGUUCCUCUUUGAGAAGGGAGAUCUUAACCUGUGGGCAGAGCCUUUGUUAUGGGCACGGAUGUUGCACAGACACCUCUCUGCCCUCGUAAGUGUGACACAUUCACCUGAAGUAAGCGCCGCAGAACUGGACCGACUAUCAGCCAUCGCAAAGAGCAAUGCCCUGGCGGCUCAGCGUUCGAUGAAAGCCCUCCCUGCACUGCCCCAGUUUUCAGCCACCAUCGAGUAUGCCAAGAUAUCGCUGCUGAAAGAGAGAACGUCACUCGCUCUGAAUCUUCUAGAUACACUUAGAUCUUCUUAGAUGACUGUGAAAGAUAGAGAAAGUGAAAGGUGUCAUGCAUUACGAACCUAUUUUAAUCUCACAGUGGUUUUCCUGUUUAAGAGCUGAAUUGCAUGCAGGCAUGACCACAUACUUUUUUAAUUCAAAUAAAGUGUAUUACGUUCAUUUAACUGUGGGAUUACUUCUGUACAGUAAUGUGUGUUUGCAAUACUGAGAAUGUGAGAGGUUUUAUUCUCCUCAGCUGUGUUUUCAAUAUCACACCUUGUGGUAUUUGAGCAAGCUGUUGUAUUUUUUUAUGCAUAGCUUAACUGCUUUUAGUUAAGGACAUUUUUUGGUUGCUCCUCUUGUGUAUGUUAUGCAAUCUGAGCAAAACAGUCUGGUGUCCGUUUGCUAAGUAGACAGCUGGGCUGCCUUCAGGGGCUGUAGUAGCAAUGUUCCCCUUUUACUGUAAAAUGAUGUAAUGUUUUGGAAUGUCAGCAGCCUAUUCCUCUCUCACACACACACACACACACACACACACACACACACAGGGUGGGUAAAAUAAUACAUACCGUUCUCCUCACCAGGAUCAUUUUUUUUUUAAAUUUGUGUAAAUGUGCUUCACUGAAACCAUAAAAAAAGGAAUUGUAAUACAAGAGUUCUGCUGAGAUAUGCAAUGGGAACUGAAGGAGA